AUGGCUGAGCCCACCCUGUCAGAAUGUCUACAGGGGCCGCAAACUAGCAACUGCACAGGUGCUGUCGCUGCUGUCCAAGAAGAGCUGAACCCCGAGCACCCCCCAGGUGCGAAGGAGCGGGUGCCCAAGGAGGACAGUAGGUGGCAAUCGAGAGCAUCUCCCCGGUCGGGCUGCCGUCCGGGGCAGGAGGGGGACGGCUCCCCGGAGCCCCAGCCACCUCCCCUCUUGAGCCAGGCCUGCCCAGACCCUCGCUGCCCCGAAGCGGACGCGAUGGGCCAGAACGGCGAUGACCUGCCCGCUGGCGGAGCCUCCUCGCCAGCCGUGGAGGGAGAGCCGAGGCCCGAGGCCGAGCCCCCCGCCCACCCCGGUCUUGACUCCGAGGCCAACAAGUUGGAGGCUCCUGCCUCCGGGGGCGUGGAGGCGUGGGGGCAGCAGCAAAGACAGCUGGGCAAGAAAAAGCAUAGAAGACGCCCCUCCAAGAAGAAGCGGCACUGGAAGCCGUACUACAAGCUGACCUGGGAGGAGAAGAAAAAGUUCGACGAAAAACAGAGCCAGCGAGCUUCGCGGAUACGAGCCGAAAUGUUCGCCAAGGGUCAGCCUGUCGCCCCCUACAACACCACGCAGUUCCUCAUGGAUGACCACGACCAGGAGGAGCCGGAUCUCAAGACCGGGCUGUACGCUAAGCGGGCUGCUGCCAAAUCGGACGACACGAGCGAUGAGGAGUUCAUGGAAGAAGCGGGUGAGGAGGACGGGGGCAGCGACGGGAUGGGAGGGGACGGCAGCGAGUUUCUGCAGCGGGACUUCUCGGAGACGUACGAGCGGUACCACGCCGAGAGCCUGCAGAACAUGAGCAAGCAGGAGCUCAUCAAGGAGUACCUGGAGCUCGAGAAGUGCCUCUCGCGCAUGGAGGACGAGAACAACCGGCUGCGCCUCGAAAGCAAGCGGCUCGACAACGACGACGACGCGCGGGUGCGGGAGCUGGAGCAGGAGCUGGAUCGGCUGCGCGCCGAGAACCUCCAGCUGCUGACCGAGAACGAACGGCACCGGCAGCGGGAGUGAGCGCCGCUCUCCAAGUUUGGGGACUAG